AUAAAUUAUUUCCUUGUUACAUUAUUAUGUUAUAUAUUUUUUUAAUUUGGUAUAGCAACAUAUAAUACGAAAUAAUAUUACUUCUUUAUAUAAUCUAUAAAACUUCAAAGGCAAUGUUAUUUUGCUAAUAAUUGGAUACUUCUAUUUAAAAAAUAUAAGAAUGCCAGUUGAAUCAAUUGAAGACCCUUCUAUAAGAAUAAUACCAAGCAAAAAAUUAAUAGAAUUUAUUAUAAAAAAUGUGAAGAAAACAAGCGAUGUUCCAUCUGCAAUUGUUGCUUUAAAAAAGACGCAUAAAGAUAAAGAAAAGCACAUUUCUUUAAACUUAGAAGAUAUAAGAUGGCUGAAUAAAUAUUUAGAGGAAUACAGGAAAAUAAAAAAGGAGAAUGUUUAUUUACAUGAACUCUUAGAAGAAACAAAUAUAAAAUUACCAAUACCAAAGGUUACACCGAGAAAUCCUGAAUUGGAAGCUAGAAUAAAGAAACUGAAGGCACAACAGGAUGCUAGAGAAUAUGAAGCUAUGACCAAAAGUGUUGACUCAGUUAGAAGGAAUUUCCCAGAGGAUAGUAUCUCUUACCAAAUGAAGCAAAUAAAUAAGCAACUUAUAGCUGUGGCACAGUUUAUAUUUUCUGUAUUGGCAGGCUUUGCCUUUGGAUUUAUUGGUGUAGAAUUAAUAGUUGGGAAUUUAGACUUCGGAUUUAGAUUGCUAUUAGGCAUAAUUUGUGCAUUAAUCAUAGCUCUGGCUGAAAUCUACUUUUUAGCCAUUAAAUUGAACGAGGAUGGAUGUAAUUCAGUACCAUCAGUGUCUAAAAAGUUACAUCAAGAAUAAAAUUUUACAAAUUCUUACUAUAACAGUGUUAUAUUCUUUUAAAACUUGUAAUUUCUAUAAAUAGUGUUAAAAUGCAGGCAAAUAAUUUGUAACAUGCCAAUGUAUCGGUUGGCCAAAUAAAUAAUGAUAUAACUAAAAGGAAAUAAUUAUUAUAAAAAUUAAUGUAUUUAUUUUAAAAUUUGAUUAAAGUUGUAAAGGGUUGCUAAUGUUGCUACAGUGGAAAAGAUAAAUAAAUCCCUUUUUUGUAUAAAAUCUUAAAAUCUAUCUAUAUUGUAUCUAUAAAGUAUGCAGUUCUAUGAACAAAAAAUUCUAAUGUGAAUGAAGAUGCUGUUCCUAAUAUAAGACUAAAUAUGAAUGAAUUCAUACAAUAAUAUUAAUUAAUUUUUAAAAUUAUUAUUUUAAACUAUCAAAUAUGUGCGUAAUUGUAUUAUUCCCUAUCAAGUUCAA